AUGAACACAACAUAUACCAUUGAUGGUUUAACCUCUGAUGUAGAAUAUACAAUUUCCAUGGUAACUGUCAGUGGAUCUGGUGCGCUGGCAAAAUUCAGCACUGCUGUGACAACAACAGCUACACCAGUUGACUUUGUUCUCACUAUAUCUGGAGUCUCUGGAAGCUUUAUGCUUGUGACAUGGGAGGAUCCACCUGGAAGCUACGAUUCAACAAAAAUAACAUAUGCUGAUGAAAGUGAUCCAACAAAUGAACUUGACGCAGUAUCAGUCGGUGGAAACCAAGCAUUUGCAUCAGGUCUCUCUCCUGGGACUGCUUAUAUAGUGACACUGUAUACAGUGAGUGGGGGAAAUGAAAAUGCUGUUGUCAUCCAAAAACAAUAUACAAAGCCAAAUCCAGUUACAUCACACUCAAUUGUGGCAGUGGGUGAGAACACUAUGACGAUAUCCUGGUCUGAUCCAGUUGGUGGUAAUGAAUAUUACAGAGUUUCCUAUGCACCAGAUAAUGGCUUUACACCAGAAUUCAGUGACGUUGUUGAUGGUAGUAAUACAUUUAAGUUUGAAGGUCUUGACCCUGGUACUGACUACACCAUCACUAUAGUAACUGUUGCUGGGAAUCAAGAGAGUGAGGGUUAUGGAUUCACUCAGACUACAUUGCCUGGAACACCUGGAGGAAUUAACAUCAAAUCUGUGAAUGACACCAGCAUACGAAUAUCAUUCAAUGAAUACCCGCAGGCAACAAACUACCUUGUCUCAAUAUCACCACCAGAUGCAUCUUCUGAGGUUUACACUAGCACUGACAUUCGACAGCACACAUUCACAGGAUUGAUACCAGGACGUGAAUACACGGUAAUUGUUUCUACUCAAGCUCCUGACAACCCGGAGGAUCAGACCAAGACUGUUAGAACAAAACUCGGCAUGCCCGGUGAGAUCACGUAUGACCAAGACAACAUUACACCCAACAUUGUAGUGUUUUCGUGGGUUGCCGCAGAUGGCGACGUUGAGUACUACGACGUAUCAAUAGUAUCACAGGACGGUUCAAUAAGUUAUAGUAAAACUGUAAACCCAACUACAGAGGGCACUACAGCUUCAUUCUCUGGUCUCGCACCAGAAACUACAUAUACUAUUAGUGUUGUCACAGCUGCUGGUUCCGGCGAUAGCAAAGUAGUCAGUGACCCCCAGACAAUUCAGAUCAACACCUUACCCACUGUAUUAACAGUAUCGCAGCCGAUUGGGGAGACGUACUUACUGCUGCAAUGGUCACCUAUUGUGGGUGAUUUUGAUGAAUAUAAAUUAAGUUAUUCUCCGCCAGGUGGAGAUCCCGAUUCCCCAUUUACAGUGUCCAAAACGACACCGAUUCAAUUAAUAAAUAACCUCAAUCCAGGCGAGGCAUAUCUUAUUACACUGUAUACUGUUGCCAGUGAUGGAACCGAAUUGGAGAGAGGCUCUAUAGAGCAACGAACAAAACCACAGCCGCCAUCAUCGAUCACAAUAGACAGUAUAUCAGAGACCACCUCCAAAGUCAUUUGGACUGGACCGGCUUUGUCCAGCAAUGUUUUUGAUAAAUACUUGCUCACAUACUCUCCUGUCAACGGGCUAACUCAGUCACCAAUGGAAGUACCGUCUGACAUCUCUGAAGUUGUGUUAGAAGGAUUAACACCCGCAACAAUUUAUACUGUGACAGUGCAGACCAUUAGCGGGACUUUACAAAGUUCUGUCAAACAGGAAGUGUUCACAACAAUAGCUAGUAGUAGUUUCACCGGGUACAUCAUAGAAGUCACUGAAACAACUCUUUGGAUAAAAUGGAGUCCAGACAUAGAUGCAACCGGUUACCAGAUAAGAGUAAUUGGUACAAACUCUAUUUUGCUGGAAUCUGGUGAUUUGAGCUCUACUACAAAGUCCUACACAUUUACUGGUUUGGAUUCUGGAAUACGUUAUUCUAUUUUCCUGUCAGCAGUAGGCGGAAGUACAAUUACACUCUAUCAAUACACAAAACCCAAUGUACCUGGUGCGGUGACGGCCGGUACUCCGACCUCAAACAGUGUAACCAUUGUAUGGAGUGAGCCAGAUGGAGCCUUUGAAGGCUAUGAAGUAACCGUAACUAAGACUGACGACGGCUCAGCAAUCCUAGACCAGUUUGCUAUUAAUACAGAAACUACAUCAUUACAGUUAACGGAAUUGUUACCAGAAACUGAGUAUUUGGUGGAAGUUGUUGCUGUGGUUGGUGCAGGGACAUUGAAAGUUGUCAGUGAUGUGGUAUCUGUUACUGUGACAACUGACCGAUCUAAAGUGAAUAUUAAUGAGACAUACACAACCACUUCGUUGAUCGUUGAAUGGGAAGCGCCUGAUCCAUUACCAUCAACAUAUAAACUUAGUGUGACUCCCCCGGAGGGAAAUCCAUCAUCACCGAUAAUGGUAGCCGCAACUGAGACAGCACUGGAGAUUAUCGAUUUGACUCCAGGACAAGAGUACACCAUUACUGUGUACGCAGUACAGAAUGACUCAACUGAGGAUGAAAUUGGUACAGCAGUACAAAGAAUAAAACCAACUGCACCAACUGGUCUGACUGCUGGUGAUACCACAUUUAGCACUAUCCACUUCACAUGGAACUUUUCUCCUGGAGAUGGGGAUUUAUUUGAUGGCUUUGAGAUUGAAUAUUCCCCAGUAGACGGUCAAAUACCAUCACCGUACUACCACGCCGAUUAUCUACCGUUUGAACUGACGUUGACUGGAUUGAAUCCUAACACAGCGUAUACAAUUAAUGUGUACACUGUCAGCGGGAUUGGUAGCAGACCGCAAAGAAGUAAUCCCACCGCUGCCACCUUUUCUACAAAUGAUGCACAGCCCGGUGAUAUCAUUAUCAAAGAAGUCUCAACCAACACCAUUAAAGCCAUGUGGAUUGCGUAUGGGGCAGCGCAGGGGUACAAUAUUAAGAUACAAGAGAGUGGAUCUGAUGAUGAGUUAGCCAGACAAUUUUAUGCCGCCAAUGAUGGCACUGAGCAUGUGUUUACUGGACUCACUGCUGGACAGUUGUACACUAUUACACUUGAGAUCUUAGGAUCUGAUAACAAUCCAAGUGUGGAAAUUAGAACAUACCCAGAGAGGCCUGGCAAUGUGUAUGUAGGAAGUCUGACUGCUACUUCUAUCAGUAUAGCUUGGGACCCCGCACCCAGUGGCAUAGUCCAUGGCUAUUCAGUCAUGUACUACCCCUCUGAAGGCAUACCAAUGCCCCCUAUAACUUACACAAAUGAUGAUGAUCUGAUCCUUCAUAUGACUAUGCUUAGACCUGAGACAACUUUCAAUAUUGUGAUCACAUCAUUUGCUGGUGCAGAGGAAGACCAACAGAUCAGUAUGCCAAGAUCUACAACACAGAGAACAGGCAUCCUAACGCCAUUAGAGAUAAUCAUCAGAAAGUAUACAACAAGUGAGAUAGACAUCAUGUGGGGAAGAAAGGAGAACGAUGAGAGCUCAAUAUACUUGAUAACACUCAACGACAACAAUGGUAAUGAGGAAACUACUGCCCAUUCACCCACAGAUCCUUUGGAGUUUUCAUUCACAUCACUUACUCCAGGUUCACUGUACAUCAUAGGAAUCUCUCUCACGAUUGACGGUGAUGUAACCACUGGCGAAAUAUCACAGAGAACAAAACCACUGGCACUGCUUAAUCUAACCGUGACUGACAUGUCCGUUUCUACUAUCGACUUAUCCUGGGAUGCACCGAGCACUGGUUUAUUUGACAACUUCGUAAUCUCAUACUCCCCUGUGGACGGCUUGGAUGCCUCACCUCUAACCCUUGCAUCAUAUGUUACUACUAUGGCGUUCACUGGACUGUCACCAAACCAGCAAUACACUUUUGAAUUGUUCGUUACGUCUGGUUCUGGUGACGAUAUGACACAGAGUGACUCUGUGACUGAGUCUGUCACAACUGAUUCUGCUAGUCCCGGUGAGAUCGUAGUGAAAGCUGUGAGCACCACAUCUAUAUAUGUCACGUGGGGCAGUGCAGAGGAUGGGACGGUUUUUUCAGGUUACUUGGUAAGAAUAGAACCUGAAGAUGCUGAGCUAAACGUGAUAUUCAAACUACCGAGUGAUGAACAAACUCAUCUGUUUGAUGGAUUGACGCCUGGACAGGAGUAUAAUAUAUACGUGCAAUUACAAGGUGUUAACGUUGAAGAAAGUUUAGCACAACGAACAGUCCCUUUACCACCAAAGAACAUAAUAGUGACCAGCACUGAAUCUACUAGCCUGUUGGUAAUAUGGGAACAGGCGAGUGGAGUUGUCCAAACGUAUGAAAUCUACUACGUACCAGAUGACGGUGAAGAAAUAUAUGCUGGAACAACCACUAAAGAUGAUAUUACCUUCACAGUAACAGGUUUGAAUCCUGGUUCACAGUACGAUGUCAGUGUUUAUAGUAAAGUAGGCACUGGGGAUUCAGCAUUAGUCAGUGAUGCAGUCGCUAGCUCUGGUACUACAGCUGAAGUGGAGUCCAACAAAGUGAUCAUUAAACAAUACAGUCUGGAUAAUAUUGAUAUCAUCUGGAACACUGACCUGAAUCCCAGUAGUACACCUGGACUAUUCCUGGUGUCUCUCUCACCAGAGGAUGGUGGUAGUUAUCCACAAGCUGUACAGGAACCAUCUAGUACUUAUGUGGAUUAUUCUUUCUUUGAAUUGAUGUCUGGUAGACUUUAUACAAUAACAGUAGAAGAGACAACUUCUGGUAAUAGUAUCACUGCUACACAGUAUACAAAACCUGCAACACCGGGUUAUGUGACUGUUACAAGUUACACAACUACAACUGUCACCAUCGAUUGGGAGGCAGCAUCAGGAGAUGCUGAUGGCUACCUGAUAUCUUACAUAGACUCUGCAGGUACAGAGACAUAUGUGGGCAUGCUAACACUACCAGCCGAUUCGUUAGAAUUCCAGGUAGACGGUUUGGAGCCUAGAACAGAAUACAUGUUUAAAGUAGUGACCUAUGCUGGUAGUGGUUCUAGUCGUGUUGUCAGUGAUCCAGUCACCAUCAUUAAUUCUACUGAGGAAGUGCCAGCUGAUACUAUCGUAAUUCAACAUUUUGAUACAAGCAAGAUUGAAAUCUUGUGGUCAGAAGUUGAAGAUCCAAUGGUGACCGGUUACUUAUUAUCAAUUGACCCAGCUGAUGGUGAUAAUCCUUCUGACAUUAGACCAACUUAUAUUGCUAAGGAUCCCACUAGGACCAGCAUCAACUAUAGUUUUCUGAACCUUGUUGCUGGCAGGAUGUAUAGUAUUAGGUUACAAAUAUCUGGACCUAAUACUGUAUUGGUAGAAGAACAACGAACAUUGCCAAAUCCUGUGGGUGCCUUCUUUGCUGGACAGGUUACCGCAACAACCAUCUCUGUUUUCUGGGAUAGUCAAAUAGGAGGAGAGUUUACAUCUUACAAAGUGACUUACAAUCCCCCAGAUGGCAGGACUGUGUCACCGACUAUCCUACCGGUAGAUGGUAAUGGUUUGGCUGGAAUCACACUGGAGGGACUCAGUCCAGACACUUCUUAUAUGAUCACUGUUGUCACUAUAUCUGGAGGAGGACUGGAUGCCACUACUAGCACUCCAAAGCAAUAUACACAGAAUACGGUUGCUGCUAACCCAGCGGAAGUUAUCAUCAAAACAGUGACAGAGACCACUAUCACAUUAACCUGGGGAGAGGUAACAGUUGGUAGUGUAGUCGGAUACCUGGUCCGCACUGACCCUGCUCCGACAGAUGGAUCCACAAAUCAGGUGUUUAAAUCAGUUGGUGAAGAUAGACUUGUUACGUUUACCAGUCUGUUUCCGGGUCAGCUGUAUACACUGACCAUUACAGUACAAGGUCAAUUUCUGGUCGAAACAGCUCAGCAGAGAACAAUUCCGAGCCGGCCCGGCACUGCAUUUGUCGCUUCUUACACUGCUGUGAGUAUAAACGUGACUUGGCAGGAAGCGCCAAAUGAACUUUCGUACUAUGAAAUAUCCUAUAUCACACCGAAUAAGGAGUCAGUACUGGCAGCCAUUGUACCCAAAGAUGACGAGCUCUUCUUCAACAUUGAAGGAUUGAAUCCAGAUUCACUUUACACAGUUUUGAUAGUUUCAGUGAGUGGUGAUGAUACAACUGCUGAACGCAGUGAAUCUCGUGUAAUUAUUCAAUCUACAGCUGCAAUACCUGAAGAUGAACUACUGAUCAAAGCAUACACAUCUAGUUUCAUUGAAGUCCUUUGGGCCGUGAGAACUGGGCCGGAAAUCAAUGGUUACCUGAUAAGCAUCGAUCCUGCAGAUGGUGGGAAUCCAUCACCCACAUCUCAGAAAUUCCAGGCUAAAGAAAUAUAUCGUUAUAAUUUCACUGGACUCAAUCCCGGUAGAGAAUACACCAUGAAAGUGGAAAUCAUGGGAACACAGAACGAAGUGACGACUACUCAAAGAACUGUUCCUGCAUCUCCUGGUGUUGUUGUGGAAAUAAGCAACACACCCACCUCAAUAACAUUUACAUGGGCACCUGCUAUUGGUGACAUUGAUAGCUAUAGAUUGACCUAUGCUUCUGCUGGUGGUGUUAUACAGACCUAUAUUACAACAGUGUCAACCAUUAACCUCGGGCAAUACACAGUACAAGAACUAGACCCUUCCACAGAAUAUGAUUUUUACGUAUACACCGUUAAACCAAAUGAUGUGUCCCAGAUUAUUGUCAAUGGAGCUUCAUCUGGACCAUCUUUUAUUACGUUUCUCAUGUUCGCUCCUAGUGGUAACUACAGUGCGUUUGAGGUCACUUACAACCCUCCGGAUGGUACCACUGUAUCCCCAAUCUUGCUGACUGUGGUGGACCCUGAUGUUGAUGAUUAUGAGAUUACGUUGAAUGGACUUACACCAAGUAGAGAGUAUGCCAUCACAGCUGUUACAUUGUCAGGAACUGGAGACAGCCAAACACAAAGUGACCCUUAUGUGUUAACGUACACCACAGAAUCUGCCGCACAAGCUGAAAUAAUCUUUAAAGAGGUGAACACCAACAGCAUCACCAUUAUUUGGGGUGCAGCCACCGAAGAUUUUCAACUUUAUUUGAUAUCGUACAGCCCGGCUGAUGGUGACCAGGGUGAAUACACACUCUUGACACGGUCUGCUGACAUGGACCUGGAAUUAUCUUAUACUGAUCUAACCCCAGGAAGACAGUAUACGUUUGAGGUAUCCAUCACAAAUAAUAAUGAAGAGGUUGCUAAGGAUACAAAACAGCAACGGACAACUAAUUACUAUUAUAAACCUAACUUUAGAGUUUCCUACUUUUGGUGA